GCAUUCCCGGAAGUGACGGCGUCCGGCGUCAGCUGUUUGUUGAUGUUUGCGCUGCUCAGUGGACUCAGGAGGCCGGCUUGUUUUUGUUCUUUACUCCGGACCUGCGGGGCUCAGAUACGGCUACAAUACAACUAAAACGAGCGAACAGUUUUGUUCCGAAAAGGCAGGCCGGAGUGCCAGCACACAAGACUGAACGCUGAGAAGGAGGCGCCUUCGUCGCUCUUCUCAUAAAGUAAUCCAGCCAUGACAAUUCUGCCGAAGAAGAAGCCAAGCUCUGCAGUCGGAGUCUCUGACCACCCGGACGACGCAGACCGGCGGAGCGGCUCCGACCCACACUCUCACGCGCAUCCCCAUGGAGGCCGAGCCAGCGCUAGGCCAAGGGCUUCUCCUCCGCGCUGGCCUUAUCAGGCCGCGCCGCCUUCUUCCCGUGAGGACCGGCGGGGAGAGGCGAGUGGCCGACCGCAGCAGGCUUCCCCUCCACCCGUGGGAGCAGGUUCCUCGUCCGUCCCGGUGGACGGCAGUGGCGGAGGUGGGGUGGCAUGUGGAGCUGGGGUGCGCGUGGAGCUGGGAGGCGGUGUUGGAUGUGGUGGAGGAGUUGGAGUCGGCGGUGGGGUCGUAGGUUGCUGCUCAGGGCCCGGACUCAGUAAGAGGCGGCGACAAGCAGCCUGUGCCGGUGGAGUCGCUGGCGGAGGGGUUGUUGGAGUGGCCGGAGGGGGUACUAGUCCCGACCCCGAAGAAGGAGCCGGUUACAAUAGCGAGGACGAGUAUGAGAAUGCGGCGAGGUUACAGUCCUUGGAUCCAGCGACGGUGGAACAGCAGGAGCACUGGUUCGAGAAAGCUUUGGGAGAAAAGAAGGGAUUUGUCAUUAAAAAAAUGAAAGAAGAUGGAGCUUGCCUUUUCAGAGCAGUUGCUGACCAAGUGUACGGGGACCAGGAUAUGCAUGAUGUUGUCAGAAAGCACUGUAUGGACUAUUUGAUGAAGAAUGCAGAUUAUUUUUCAAGUUAUGUGACAGAAGAUUUCACUACAUACAUAAACCGGAAGAGGAAGAAUAAUUGUCAUGGGAACCACAUUGAGAUGCAAGCAAUGGCAGAAAUGUAUAAUCGGCCUGUAGAAGUCUAUCAGUAUGGCACAGAACCAAUCAACACGUUCCAUGGCAUUCAUCAGAAUAAUGAUGAGCCAAUACGGGUCAGCUACCACCGUAACAUCCACUACAAUUCUGUUGUUAACCCAAACAAAGCAACAAUCGGAGUUGGGCUGGGGCUACCAGCCUUCAAACCAGGGUAUGCAGACCAGUCCAUGAUGAAAAAUGCUAUAAAAACAUCAGAAGAGUCAUGGAUUGAGCAGCAGAUGCUAGAAGACAAGAAAAGGGCCACAGACUGGGAAGCCACCAAUGAAGCCAUUGAAGAGCAGGUGGCACGUGAGUCUUAUCUGCAGUGGUUGCGAGACCAAGAAAAACAGGCGAGGCAGCCACGGAAAGCUAGUGCAACAUGCAGUUCUGCCACUGCUGCAGCAUCAAGUGGUUUGGAAGAAUGGAGUGGUCGAUCUCCAAGACAAAGAAGCACCGCACCCUCCCCAGAACAUCCAGACCCACAUACUGACUCCACUGUUAAACCUCCAUCGCCAGCUGGAGCAGCCCUUAUCCUGCCUAAACCACCUUCACCUUGUGCACCAGGUACCAGCACCCAGUCGUGUGUAACAGGUGACAGAGCGUCAUCGUCCACACUCGUCUCCUUGUACCCUGCACUUGAGUGCCGAGCUAUCAUGCAGGAGAUGUCACCUACUGCUUUUGGUCUAGCAGACUGGGAAGAUGAUGAGAUUCUAGCAUCUGUCCUGGCCGUAUCACAACAAGAAUACCUCGACAGCAUGAAGAAGAGCGCAGUGCACAGAGAGCCCUCUCCAGACAACAGUUGAUAUUUAAAGUGGAGUACAAUAAAAGGGAAGAAAUAGAAGGAGGCAGCAACAAACAGAAAAAAACAAACAAACAAACAGCACUCAUCACCUCAUCAUGUGACUCUCCAGAUGUGCGCCUUUCUUCUGUUCUGCCUCCACAUGCCACUUGUCCUGCCCUUCCUUCCCAGACAACUAAACAUAAUCAGUGACCUGACAGUUCCCCUCCAUCUCCUUGUCCUAAUGCCUAAACACAAUUGGACUUAUUUAGGUGCAUGUUUAAAUAAACAACAACCAACAGAUAAGAGAAAAAACAAAAACAAAUUGUAAUAAUGUCAUACUUCUUAUUGAUUGUUUAUGAAUAUAAUUUUUGCUUUAUUUUUCUCCUUUUUGAGGUAUGAAAAAAAGACACUUGUUUCUUUGAAUAAAAAAAGAAAAAAAGCC